AUGGCUCCUCGGCCGUCGCAAACCGUCUUGAAGGCCCUGCGCUGGACCCAGCCGACGAGGCAGCUCCACUGCUCGGCACAGACUACCUCACGAGGACCGACGCAACGAUGGCGACUCUACUCGACCGCGUCCCAAGAUGGGGCGCCUCCCUUCCUCCAGAAGCUCAAGGGUGACCUCAAAGCGGCGAUGCGAGCCAAGGAUGCGCCCCGGUUGUCGGUCCUUCGGGCCAUCAUGUCUGCCAAUCUCAAUGCCUCCAAGACGGCGACGCCGAUUUCGACAGACGUCCAGCUCGUCGCGCUUGUACGAAAAAUUCAAAAGGCCGCCCACGACGCCGCCGCCGAGGCAAAGGCCGUCGGAAGGCAGGAUCUUGUCGACAAGGAGAACGAGCAGGCGCGAAUCCUGGAAGCAUACAUCUCGGAGAGCGGCGUCCAGUCGCUGGGCGAGGCUGAGCUCAAGGGUCUCGUCGAGAAUGCCGUCGAGGCAUCCGUGAGCGCCGGCACUGCGGCCAAGUCGCUCGUCGGAGACGUCAUGAAGCGGCUGACGAGUGCCCUCGAGGGCAAAGACGUGGACAGGAAACGGGUGGCCAAGCUAGUCAAGGAGCUGACAAGCCCGUGA